AUGGCCCCAACCGUUUCACCUCCACGGUCUCCCCCAAUCCAUGAUCCUACUACAACCCCAUCUGCUCAACAAGUAGGACUGGAGGCUGAGGCUGAUAAUGACCGAGAUAAUGACUCUGCAAUAUUCGAUACCGCUAGUAAUGCUAGCUCGACGACCUCUCUAUCGUCGAGUAUCAUGAAGCACCGAGAAGAGAAUGGGAGAACUUAUCACUCGUACAAAGAGGGCCAGUAUCUUUACCCAAAUGAUGAAAUCUUCAACAUCACGUUUAUACUUUGUGUUACGAUGGGAAAUUAUUGUCCUGUCCUAUUGAUAAAGAUUUCCAAGUUCAACGUGUGCUUGACGUGGGUACGGGGACGGGAAUAUGGGCCAUUGACUAUGGCGAUGAACAUCCUGAAGCAACGGCAAGGAACAUUUCCGUUUUCCAAUCUUCAUAUUACUAACAAGACCCAGGUUCUAGGAAUUGAUCUCAGCCCUAUUCAACCCGCUUUCCUGCCAGCAAAUGUUAUCUUCGAAAUCGAUGAUGCAGAGGAGCCUUGGACGUAUUCCCAGAAAUUUGACCUCAUCCAUGCCCGCAUGGUAACCGGCUCCCUCGCAAACGUGCCAAAAUUCUUCGAGCAUGCUUUUGAAAAUACAGUUCCAGGCGGCUAUAUAGAAUUAUCCGACAUUACCGUGCCCAUCUGCUGCGACGACGGGACCAUGAAGGACGAUUCAGCCAUGCUGCAAUGGAUAUUACUCUUACUGGAAGCGAGCAAGAAAGUCGGGCGCGAUUUGAACGUUUCGGCUACUUACAAGGAACAGCUGGAGCGUGUGGGAUAUACGGAUAUCGUGGAGAAAAUAUAUGUGUGGCCUAUGAAUAAGUGGCCGAAAAACCCUAAGUUUAAAGAGCUAGGGAUGUGGACGUGUGAGAAUUUGGUUUGGGGCGUGGGAGGCCUUUCCAUGGCACUCUUGACUAGAGUUUGUGGUUGGAGUGUGGAAGAGGUCGAGGCAUAUCUCGUGAAUGUCAGGAAUGAAAUCAGGGAUACGAGAAUCCACUCGUAUUGGAACAUGUCAGUCUUUCCAUUCAACCAAUCUAUUCAUGCUGAUCAAUGA